UCAGUGCGUCCCUCCCCUGGCGGUCUCUCUCUGGGGGCGGAGCCUAAACUCGACGUGUCCCGGCUGAACCUGCGGGUCGGACGGAUCCUCGGCGCCCGACGCCACCCGCUGGCUGACGCCAUGUCGGUGCAGGAGGUGGACGUGGGGGAGGAGACCCCACGCACCGUGGUCAGCAAGCUGGGGGGGAGGACAGGCCUGGAGGAGCUCACCAGCUCCGGGGCGGUCUCGCCCGUGUUGCUAUGCAACAUCAAGGCCUGUAAGGUGAGGGGCGUGGUCUCCCAGGCCCGCCUCAUCUGUUGCUCCGCCUCCGACGACUGCAGCGAGCUCCUGGCUCCGCCCCCAGGCUCCACCCCUGGAGACAGGGUCACCUGCCUCAACUACCCAGGCGAGCCCGACAGGGAGCUGCAGUCCAAGCAGAGGGUCUGGGACCUGGUCCAGCCCGACCUGCGGGUCGACUCCAAGGGCGUGGCCAACUACAAAGGCUGUGGCUUCGAGGUGAAGGGGAAGGGGCUUUGCAGAGCCCCCUCCCUCACCAACUGCCCCAUCCGAUAGACCC